AUGAACAUGAAGUUUGUCCUCCCUCCUUCUCUGUCUACAGUCCAGCAACUCUGUCUCUCUCUCUUCUCGUGUAAGGGGCUCUCGACUCCCCCUUGGGUUCUUCUUGAAGCGCCGCAUCGUCCUCGCGUUCGAAGCGCCUUGGCUUCCGUGCGGCGUUUGCCGGGGAGGUGGCGGCAUGGUGGACUCGGGGCUCUCCGGUUCGAACGAAACCAGCUACAGCAGCGGCGUGUGCUCCACGCCGACCGGCACGGAGGCUCCCUCCUCAUACGCGACGCCGCCGGAUACGGAAGCCCUGAGGAGGCUCUACGACAGCCUCGAAUCGAUCUUCGAGCGCCCGCGCGCCGGCCCCGGCUCGUCCUUCUCCGACGCCGCGAUCGUCGCCGGCGACGGCCGCGAGGUCCCUGUCCACCGGUGCGUCCUCGCCGCGCGGAGCCCGUUCUUCGGGGCCGCGUUCGCGGGGAACGAGAGCGGAGCGAGGCUCGAAUUGGCGGAGGUGUUCGGCGUGAGUUCUUUCUUGGGUGUUCUUCCUUUUUUUUUUUUCUGGGGAAAAGGAAGAAACUGGAGAGGUGCACGCCGGUGAGGAAGCCUCACACUUCGACUUCAGAUCUGCUCACGUGGUCGGAGACUCCGCCUCCCCACGAUUCGGUGGCGCCCGGUUCGGCUUCCUCUCUCUCCAAUUCUCGCUCUCACCAGGAAUUUUCUCCAGAUGGACGGUUCAUUGUCAGUGCUGAUCGGGAUUAUAAAAUUCGUGUUACUGUGGUUCCCAAGAAUCCAUUGGAUGGGGCUCACGAGAUACAAACUUUUUGCUUGGGUCAUUCUGAAUAUGUAUCCUGCCUUGACUUCAUUCGUUCCCCAGAUUAUCCACAUGGGCUUCUUGUUUCAGGAAGCGGUGAUUCCACUGUUCGCCUUUGGGAUGUGACAUUGGGUUCUCUCUUGGAUACUUGUGAAAUUGGAGCUAAGGCAGAACUUUCAGCUACUGAUGGAAUAGAAGAAGAGCCCUGUCAUGCUGUCACUGAUCUUUGCACUUGUCCAAAUGGUACAUCCAUAGCAUUGGCAGUUCAGAGCUUGAAAGGUGUAAUGCUUUUGAACUGUGAUCUUUCUGCUAAAACUCUUUCUAUAGCCAAGGAGAGACCUUAAUACCGACAAGCUUGGGGACAAGCUUAUCCGAGGGACUUCUGUGGAU